GCCAUUUUAACCUGGUGACCUGAUGAGCGAUUGAAAAGGAUCUCACCAACAAACGAGUAAGAUAAAAUUGAUCUUGAUCCAAACAUGAAUGAUACUUCCGUUGUUGAAGAGGAUAUCAACUCGCCUUGAUCACUCUCCUAAGAUUCACUGCUGCUGUUCGAUCUCAAUUGGAAAAACUAAUUUUCUAUAAGUAUGUAUGUUGGCCGAACUAGGACUCAACCGAAUAGUAAAACGCACUGAUAAAUGGAAUCAUAUGGACCUAUGAUAUUAGCACGUGAUAUUACAUCACACGAAAUCUCGUUAAAGGAGAAAAUCACAUUGCAGGUCACAUGUGUCUUAUCGAGUAUAAAGCUUCGCCACACUUAUGUACUCGUAUAUACACGUAAUCCACUGUGUUCACAGUCAAGCUAUUGUAUUACCAAUCAUCUAGUGACACAAGCUUGCCGGCGUGCGAUAAAUAACACAAAUCCAUAUGUCCGUAAAUGAACUGAUGAUUGUCAUCGCAAAUGCAAGGAGACUGAAUACCUUUGAGCUGGAAUGGCAAGUCGUUGGAACUCAAAGGAAUUCCUAGAAUCAAGCUUUCUGUCUCCAUUAAAGUCCCUUUCAAAAUUCUUGAAAUUAUCGCAUUAUUCGAUAGCUGCAUCGGGCUCGAUCGUUAAUUGCCGACCGGUAUUGCUGCGACUUCUCCAAUGCAUCGUCCAAAAUCUCAGUCUGCAUUCUAAAGUUUUUACUGAAUUAUUUUCAAUAAUUUACCUUUUGAAUAGCCGAAAUAAAGAGAGCAAACUUAUGAAA